ACUGAACUCAGUCGGAAUUCGUGACUGGAAGUGGAACGUCCGUGACUUGAGUACUGAUUCAGUGAUCGCGGCAGUGUGACAGGGCCCGCGAUUCAUUCUGGGGCUCAAGAUUUGAGGGGCGUCACUUCCCAAAGUGCAAUUCAAAAUAUCACUACACCAGUAUUAGAUGGGGUCCGAGUGUUAAUUACAGAUAAUGAAGCUCAACCUGCAAUAGUGUGACCUAACGUGGAAUAUCAGACAUUGAACAAGCUCGGAGUAGUUGCCCUGAUAACAGAUCACUCUCCUUAUUAUCCUCAGCAGGGUAUUUCCAAUAUCAUCAAAUUUCUCAAGUAUGUUUCAUGAAUCAAAUGAAUUAUCCACUACUAUGAAGUGAAGUAUUGUCUUUGAUAGAUAGUGCAAGAUACAGUGCAAUGGUUACAGUGAACAUUUUUUUGUAGUUAUCAGUGCAGAGUUAAUUUUCCGAAAUUUGAAAAAUUUGAGUCUCCAACAUGAUAGCUUUCCUGCUCAUCCAGCUGAUUCAUCUAUCGACUGGAGCUACUCCUGAAACAGUGGACACCAUAGAUUUGGAUCUCCAUCAACAUCUGGACGUGCACACAGACAUGCAAGUGAGCGAAGUGGAGAGGGGUGGAGAGGGGUAUGAGUGGGACAGCCACUAUGCAGCUCAGCCCUAUUUCGACAACUCGAGCAGACGAGAGGUGACCACCACAGUCGGCCAAAGUGCUCAGUUGCCAUGCCGGGUCAGGAAUUUGGGUGAUAGAGCGGUUUCGUGGAUUCGUAAGCGAGACCUGCAUAUUCUAACAGUUGGUGUACUGACCUACACCAACGAUGCUCGAUUCCAGUCGCUUCACUCGGAAGGCAGCGACGAGUGGACUUUGAAGGUGACCUCGACUCAGCUCAGGGACUCCGGAACUUACGAGUGCCAAGUCUCCACUGAACCCAAGAUAUCUCUCGCGUUUAGGCUCAACGUGGUUGCAGUGUCCAGGGCGAAGAUAGUGGGCAGUGGAGAGUUGUUCGUGAAGAGGGGCAGCGACAUCAACCUCACCUGCAUUGUGGUCGAAACAGUUGAGCCACCUUCUUUCAUUUACUGGUACCGAGGUGGCCAGCUGGUCAACUACUCUCAACGAGGAGGAAUCUCAGUGUUGACUGAGAAGCAUUCAAGAAGCAGUCGCCUUCUGAUCGCGCGAGCCGAGUCGCCCGACUCCGGCAACUACACUUGCACUCCUUCGGCGAGUGACUCGGCAUCCGUGCUCGUCCAUGUACUCAAUGGGGAACAGCCGGCAGCCAUGCAGCACGACAACAGUAGCAGUGGCGCGGUUGCCAGACUUCUGCCAACACUGCUGCUGCUAUGCCAACUCGUGCGAGAUGCCACCAUGUCUUUCACCUAUGCCAUCCAUCGGUGAUACUUCUUGCACACAGCAAUCGUUUAGAAAUCAUGAUGUGAAGGAUUCUUAUCCUUCUUAUUCCAUGAUGUGAACGGAAUUUGUGUAUUGUUGAAUGAGCUUGCAUGAUGAUCCAUGACCAUACACCACACAAACUGUGUAUAACUGUGAUUAAAUUGUGAUUAAGAACUGUGUGGAUUGUUGAAGAAAUCUACUGUACAUAGUGAGUGCACCACACUGUAAAAACUGGUGUCAAUUGUUGAAAAUAUUAUUCGUUCAAACGAUACAGUGUUGUCAUCUACAAAAAUUCUAUUCAUGAGUGUUUACUGUUCAUAAUCUGUGAAAAAUAACUUUUGACUAGGAGGAAUAUGCGGCGCAGAGAAAUGGAGGGAGAUCAGCCAAUUACAGUGAUUAUAGAGUCAUAGGUGGAAGUGCAGUUGCCAAUUUGUCGAUAAGAGUCUGUCAACUCAAUGCAUUCAGAGAGGAAACUUCGUAAGUUCAACAUGAGCGCUUGAAUACUCAUUAAAAAUUGGUAAACGCUGGCCGGUUCAGAACGGCAACAUCGCAGCCGUUUUAUUCCUACCGCCUUCCCUGCUGCGCAUGUCCCUCCCAAUUCAAAAGUAAUUUUGUCUUGAGUAAAGUGAUACGUUUUGUACGAGGGAAUCGUUUGCAAAUGACUGAGCUGACAACUGUGUGUAGCCUAAGCUGGAUUCCUACCAUAUCAGUGACAGUGAAAGUGAGAAUAUUCCUAUCAGCUCCAAUGGGACUAUUCAUACUUGCUAGGCUGGGAUAAGUGGGAAUGGCCCCAUUAAAACUUCAUAAUGGGAAUUAAAUUUUCUCUUUACCGGUCACUGUGUGGGGACUCAGCUCUACAGUGGGGUCCACGUUAUAAUGGCAGUGGAGAAAAGAUAGGAGAAAAACUUUGCUGAUCCUCUGUCUUGUCAAUGCCUUCUAUAGACGGUAGCUGAUACAGGUUUAUUGAGGUCGGUUCAUUCUCGUUUAGAAUAAUCAAUUAUUUUUAUUAAGCAAGAGAUUAUUUUUAUUUUUCAAUAAUUUCAUAACGAUUUUUCAUAAUAUUAUGAUAACAUAUUUUGUUGAUUAAUUAUUUAUUCUACAUUGUUAGAAGACGAUGUGGCAACAGAUCAAAGCGAGAAAGUGAUAGCGCUAUCCGCUUUGCUGAAUGAUAGACAAGGAUACCAAUUCCAUUGCUAAUCAAACACUGCUAUUAAAACGUGGACCUCACUAUAGUUGAUAGAACAAGGCUAUAUUGGGAAAAAGCCAUAGAAUAAACAGUCUGUAUAAGUUUUCUCUGGGAAUAGCCUAUCAGGUUGUCUGAAAAUUUUGUAAAAAUAUUCGGAGAACAAAUUGGUGAUAGAUCACUAGCCUACUGUAAUCUAAAGGAAUUGUUGAAUUGAUUCAAAAAUAAUUAACAAAAUAUUACUUCGUUUUUAAACUGUUAUGACGACAUUAUACAGGUUCCGGCAUAAAAACCUGAUGAUUUUUGAGGGAUAACAAUAUUAAAGUGUGUUUUGUACAAUUGAAACAUGUAAUCGAAUCGAAUAUCAAAUUUUGCAAUUUACAGGGAACUACAUAGAUUACUCACAAAGUCUUUUUGUUUGAAGAUUAUGCCAUCCAAAUGUUUUCCGUUACUUUUCACACACUCAUUCAUCGAGAAAUUGAAGCAAUGCCACUAGUGAUGAUUGAGCAAGCACUGACAAAUUAACCCAAUUCUAAAAUUUGUCAGUGCUUGCUCAAUCAUCACUAGUGGCAUUGCUUCAAUUUCUCGAUGAAUGACUUCCUUUAGUUCUGUGGAUUGUUAGCUACCCAAUAACAGUAAUUUUGUUUAUUCACAAAUCCUGACAAAUUAAAAUGUGCCUCGUCACUUGAAAGAACAAUGGCAUCCUGGUGUACAUUUUCGAGAAUGAUCUCGCAAGCGGCACUGUGAUGUGCCCGAUCAUUUGCAUUGAGUUGUUGCACUAGCAUAAGGAUGGACUUCCAGGUCGGAAUGAAGAAUUCGUCCUACACUUCGAUCAGAAAUGGCUAGUGCAACAGCAUGUUUUGCUGCUGAACGUCGUGGAGACCGUGUAACAGCUACUCUUACCGCAUUAAUGUUUUCAGGCGUUCUCACAGUCCGUUUUCGUCCUUUUGGUUUCGUUUUAAAAGCAGACGACGUGUCCCGAAAAUCCUUUUCCCACAACAAGAUCCUACUGGGAACAGGCGCGUGUCAAUUCAAAUUGAAAUGUCUCCGAGAUAAACGCAUUGUUAAAAUAACUUAGUCAUUAUUUCUAAAAUAAGCUUCAAUCACAAACGGUCAAUUUUCACUUGACCACGACAUACUGGCUACUCAAAUAGCAGAAUAGACUUGUCGAUGUACAACAUUCCCGCCUUUUCAAUGACAGUGGUGCCAACAUAACAAUUACUACAAAAUCGUCAGAUCAAUAUGCCGGUAUCUGUAUUACUGUUCACUUUUUAUCAGCUGGUGCUCUGCUUAUUAUGUCUGUAUCUUGCUGUUUCUGUACGAAUACAGAUAUAAUAAGAAUGAACGUGUUCGUGCCGCAUAUGUCUGUACGCACUUUCAGAUAAUGGAAAGCAUAUGGCCUGUGUUCACAAGUCUGUACACAGCUAGUCUCCCAAUUAUAAGCCCCCAAACUUAUGAUCAUAAAAAACUGAUUGAAGAAUGAGUAUUGGAUCUCAUGCUGCUCACUUUCCGGAUCCAAUACUAUGUAACCUGUUCCUUCAAUGUGAACGAAAAGAAACAUAUCACAUAUGAGGAAAAUAUACAGGAGAAUAUAGUUGGAAUUGGAAUGUCAGGAAUUUCAAUGAUUCCGGAUUGGAUUCAAUCUCACUUGAAGCAGAAAAUAGAAAUGUUGAAUUCUGUUACAAGACACUCAAGUGAAAUAAAUAUGACUGUUGUUAAAUAUUUCCAUAUACAAUUUAUAUAUCACUCUGAGUGAUAGUAUUCAUCUUCAUCGAAAUAUUUCACAUGUUGUUAAGAGAGAGGUAUGUUUGUUGAAUGUUUUUGUACUCUAUUGUAUCAUGCUUCUUGGUGUGAAACACUUUUCUUUGUGUGCUACACUUUGUUUUCCUAUAAUGUUUGGAAUGAAUUUUCUUCUCUGUUGUGAUUAUAAUUGAAUGAAUAUGGUUUUGAUACAACAUACAGAAAUUUAAAUUUAAUUCAACCAUUGUUAGUAUAAUCGAUGAUAAUAUUAUGAUUGUACUCGUUAUUUUAUUGAUUAAAUCAAAUUCUUUAGCAA